AUGCUCCAAACACCACGCAGGAGUUGUCGUAAGAGUAUUAAGCCACCCCAGGAUUACGAUGAUAUUGUAAAGCAGUCCGCAAGGCGAUCCGCUAGGAAGAAACUAAACUCAUUUGAUGAAAACAAUGAGGAAAAUGAGAAUGACCACGAUGAAGAACAUCCCAAGUGGACGGCAGCAAGUGUUGGUAGAUCUUCAACGAAACGUACACGAAAAUCUAGACGCAACACCAACAACACAGGUCGUGGUAAGAGGAAUUUAAAUGAAACUGCAUUGGAGGAACCAAGUGGAGGCGGCGGCGGUGCUCAUGUUUCUUCACAUGCAUUUGAAGAAAACAAUGAUGCAACUGUACAAGUCAAAGAGGAGAAGGAGACUGAAGAUUUGACCACUUCCGAGGUGAUGGUACAUACUGUACAUGAAGAUAUUGAGAAGAAGGAGAAUGCUUUGGGUUCCGCUGUCAAGGAAGAAGAGAAGGAAGAUGUAUGCGUUAGCAAUGAAGAACGCCCAGAGGAGCAUGUUGUUGACGAUGAGAUUAAUUUAAUACAAAACGAAGAUGAGCAUGAAAAGUGCCAGUUAAAGGAAGAGGAAACUACUGGAGAAGAAGAAGAAGAAGUAAUCUGUUUAAUAGAAGAUGAUCCAGAAGAAAAAGCAGAAGAUAAAAUAACUCAAAUGCAGAAUGAAGAUAAACAUGCUGAUGAUGAAGAUAUCCAAUUGAUACAAGAAGAAGAGGAGGAGGAAAAUAUUGUUAAGGAAUUGAAAGAAGAACCAGAGGAUAAGUUAAACGAUAUUCCACCAUUAAAAAUGGAAGAGGAAGAUGAUAUCAAUGUCCCAGACGAAGAAGAAGAUGGCAAGGACAUAUCAAUGAUAUCCAUUAAAGAUGAUUCCAUUAUUGAAGAAAUAAAAAAAGAGAAACAAACUGAGAAAAAAGAGGAAGAAACGCCACACUUGAAAACCCAAAUUGAGCAGGAAGUGGAUGAAAAACCAAGCUUAGAAAAUGACUCCUUUGGUUCUUAUUUGAAAUCAAAAGAAAUUGAUAUGGAUGAUUUGGGUUUAAAUCCCAUCAAUGAUGAUGAUGAAACAGAUGCAGUAUCGUCCAUUAAACAAGAGGUGAAAAAGUCAGAAUAUGAAAUUUUGGCAUCUGCCGAACAGCCAGAGGAAAUGCCUUCACUAAUUCUCUGUGAUGAUGAUGAUGAAGGGGAGGAGGUGGUGGAAGGUAAUGAGAAAUCUCAAAAAGAAAGUGCUAACCUAAAUGAAACUUACGAUGCUGAAGAUAAAGUUGUUAUUAAUGAAGGCGGCAUCCAAACAACUAAUGCAGCUAAAGAAGACACAUUGGCAAAUGACACUAUCGAUAAAGGUAGUGAUUUUGCAAUUUCUACCGAAUCUACAGAAAUGGAUAAACUUCAAUUAUCUGAUGAUGAAGAGGAGGAUGAAUUGGGACCGGCGAAGAAAAAACCGAAAGUUAUGUUUAGCAAUCAAAUUCCAUCAUCACCCUCAACACCCAAACAAUCGAGAAUGCCUGUUCGGCAUUUAACACCGUAUCGCACUAAAAGCGAUAGUAAACCUAAAUCGGAACCGCAACAACUGCAUGGUAGUGGCAAAAAAUUACCUUUAAAGAAGGAAAACUUAAAUUUCAGUACAUCUGAACUAACAACCAUGACUCCAAGAGAUAUUGUCUUAAGAGGUAUACGUAAGCGUUCGCUGUCCGUAUGUUUGGGAUCGGCGUCGGCCGCACCUAAGCUUACCAGAAAUGUAACUACAAGACGUAAACGUUCAUAUUCCUUUGAUGACUCGACAAUGUCAAAGUCUAUUUGUGUUACAUCAAGACUACCACGUCCAUUGGCAAAUCAAAAGCAAUUCCUUAAUUCUACAACAACCUCGACAUCAUCAUCGUCGUCCUCUUCAAGUAUGAUAAAGCCAACACGCACAAAAUUACCAAAUUUUGCUGCAAUACAUCAGAAACAGUUCCAAAAAAUGGAAAAUUUAGCUGAUCAUGUGGCUCGCAAACAGGAAAGAUCUAAAAUUCUGAUCAACUCAAACAGCAAAACAAGACCAGCAUCUGCUCAGAAAAGUUUUAGCACAUCAAUGAAAAAUAACAACACCAAUCCGAAUGAAAAACCUAAAGCUUUAAAGCGCAUCGAUAUGACAUCAUCACAAAGUCAAACUCAAAAUAAGCAGGCAGCAAAUACUUCUAUCAAUGUUGCCAGGAAAAUACCAAUUGCAAAUAAUCAAAAUAAAAAUCCGUCAACAGAGAAAAUUACAACAUCUUCUAAUUUACCCGAUCCCAGAGAUGAUAAGCAUAUAACUAUGAAGCCAAAAUAUGCAACAACUACUACCAACACCAACAGCAGCGGCAGCGUGAUGCCUAAAAAACAUUUGCAACCAACACAAUCGUUUAAUGUAUCAACAAAUGCCAAUUCGUUUUCGUUUAAACCAAAGCCAACAUUUAAUUUGUCCACACAAGUAGCCGGCGUUAGUACAGCAUCAAGUCGAUUGGCGGCCAAUACAUCUAUUGUGCAAAAGAAACCAACAACAACCGCUGCUGGUCUUAGCAAUCAGGAUAAGAUGGCUUCACGUUUACAGCGUCAUAUUGAUAUGUUUAAGGGACGUGUUCCGGCUGCACGCGCUGGUGUCGCUUCACGUAAAAAUGAGGCAGCUAUUAAGGGCGUUCGUUCGAAUCGUCGCUUUGAAUUGCAAAUGCAACACAGAAAGAAUAUUGAAAAUUAA